CCCGGACCGGACUACCGGGAGGCGGUACUAGAUAGAGAGAGGGUCAGAGAGGGAAAGGCAGGGAUCUUAUCAGCAUUCAGCAGCGCCAUCCCCAUCCCCGGCCGCCGUUCCCCUCUCGACCUGCCUUUAAUUCGGGGACCGCGCCCGCCGCACGCUCUCCCGUCCCGUCCGUCUCUCCGACUCCCUCCGCGCGUCGGUACGGUGGCUCUGCUGAUCCGCCCCGUGCCUGCCAUAUAGCUGCACCCGCCGCCACGUCUAGACCCUUCUUCUCGCUCCCUCACUAGCCCGUCCCUGCACCUAUAAGCGGCCUCUCCUUGCCUGCCCCCUCUCGCUUGCUGCUUGCUGCCUUUCACGCGGAGUGAGGCAGCCGACGGGGUUGCUAAAGGUAGAACGAAGCUUCCGCAGCACAGCGUCGUCGUCGAGGAGAUAAGGUCCAGACAGAGGUCUCUAGCCGUGCAGCGGUGCUGUCGUUGGUGGCGGCCGGCGACUUGGAGCUGUCGAGGUAAGCAAGCUGGUGUGGCGGCGAUUGGAGCUGUCGACUGGAGCGCGCCCGAUCCACCAGAGACCGUGAAGCUGGCGGCCGGCAAGUGGUGGGAGCGGCCAGAUGACACGGGCAUGCCCGGAAUGGACCCAGGCGGGGGCGGCAGCUCGCGCUACUUCCACCAGCUGCUGCGGCCGCAGCAGCAGCAGCCCUCGCCGCUGUCGCCCAAUUCCCACGUCAAGAUGGAGCACCACAGGAUGUCUCCAGACAAGAGCCCCGUCGUCGGCGAGGCCGACGCUGGCGGGAGCGGGGCCGGCGGCGACCAGCCGUCCUCGUCGGCCAUGGUCCCAGUCGAGGGUGGGGGCAGCGGAACGGGCACGCCCACGCGGCGGCCGCGCGGCCGCCCGGCGGGCUCCAAGAACAAGCCCAAGCCGCCCAUCAUCGUGACGCGCGACAGCCCCAACGCGCUGCACUCGCACGUGCUGGAGGUGGCGGCGGGCGCCGACGUCGUGGACUGCGUCGCGGAGUUCGCGCGGCGCCGGGGCCGCGGCGUGUGCGUGCUCAGCGGCGGGGGCGCCGUCGCCAACGUGGCGCUCAGGCAGCCCGGCGCGUCGCCCCCCGGGAGCAUGGUGGCCACGCUGAGGGGCCGGCUGGAGAUCCUCUCCCUCACCGGCACGGUGCUGCCGCCGCCCGCUCCCCCCGGCGCCAGCGGCCUCACGGUGUUCCUCUCCGGCGGGCAGGGCCAGGUCGUCGGCGGGAGCGUGGUGGGCCCGCUGGUCGCCGCGGGCCCCGUCGUCCUGAUGGCCGCGUCGUUCGCCAACGCCGUGUACGAGCGGCUCCCGCUGGAGGGGGAGGAGGAGGAGGAUGAGACGGCGGCGGGCGCCGCCGGAGCCGAACCACAAGAUCAGGUGGCACAGUCGUCGGCUGGACCACCGGGUCAGCAGCCGACGGCGUCCCAGUCCUCUGGUGUGACCGGAGGCGAUGCCGGCAUGUCACUCUACAACCUCGCCGGGAAUGUAGGGGCAUACCAGCUACCGGGAGACAGCUUGGGAGGCUGGAGUGGCGGCGGAGUCCGGCCACCGUUUUAGUCCAAAGUCCAUGCCUUGAGAGAUAUCCGAUUCGCAUCAUCCACACCAUCCGAGAACCGGGAGUUGAAGCUACCCUGAGACAUCAUGUAUAUGCAAUUAUUGUAUGCAUGCUGGAUCAUUGUUGAUAGGAGAGAAGGAUCUUUCAUCUGGGCGCCAUACAAUAUAAUGCAUAUGCGUUUACACACGUGGAGGAUGCAUUGCAAAUCAUGAUGUGUUUUAAAGACGAUUUAUCAAAUGCAAGAGGGGAAGAAGCUAGAGAUUGGAUGCAUGCAAGAGCUAGCUCAAUAAACUAAAGGUCAGUAGUAGUGAGAUCCGAUGUUUCGUGUUUCCAACUUUUCCUCUCUUUUUCCCUUUUUUUUUCAUGUUCAUUUGUAUUUGUGUUAAUUAUAUUCUGAUUGUGUGUCUCUCGCAGUCAAUCGCUGUAGAAUGGUGUUUUCUGUUAUAAACAAUUUGGUCAUCGCC